AUGUACAACCAACAUCAUCAUCAGCAACAACAACAGCAGCAUCAGCAUCAGCAUCAACAACACAUUCAUCAUCAUCAGCAACAGCAACAUCAUUAUCAGCUGAUGGAUACAUCGAAUAACAAUGCAAAUACAUUCCCAAAUGAUACGAUUCCAUAUCUACCACCGCCACCACCACCAACGAGCACAGCUUAUACGAAUAAUCGAAAUUCCCAUUUACCGCCGCCCCCUCCUCCUCCGCAUCAUCAAUUGCAGCAGCAAAUAUACCAUCAUUCGCAACAGCAGCAACCAAUACAGCAAGGAUAUGCCGUUGUACUACCCGAACCAGUGCCUAGCGCCACGGAUGCUCAGCCAACACCACCGUUAUCGAUCCCUCAGCUGGCGGAUUUUGCAUCUACGAUGGUUUAUCUGAUGUGGCAUGCCAGAAGACCGUCAGUGAUGGCGCUUCAUGAUUUAUCUAAACUCAUACAAGCUACACAUACAGAUGAUCAUAAUCCGGGACAUUCAAGAGAGACAGCCAACAUUGCCAAUCGUACAAGUACUGCAUUCAAAAAGUUUUGCAAGCAGAUCUUACAAGCGACACAACUGUCUGAAUCAGUCAUCUUAUUAUCGCUGAAAUACAUCGCCAUGCUGCUGCAGAACAAUCCUAGCAUACAAGGAGCAGACGGAUCAGAGUACAGAUUAUUCACGGUGGCAUUGAUGUUGGGCAACAAGUUUCUGGAUGACAACACCUUCACUAACAAGACAUGGUCUGAAGUAUCGGGCAUGAAGGUGACCGAUCUCAAUAUCAUGGAGUUGGAGUUUCUGGAUGUGUUGAGAUUCAAAUUAUUUAUAAGAAAGGACGAGUUUGAGAGAUGGAAAUCUGCCCUGCUGCUGUUUAGAAGCCAAAUUCAAAAUGCAGAUGAAGCACAGAAACAAGAGCAUCAACAGCAAUUGUUGGAGGAGACUUUCAAAGGCAUUGUACUACCUAGUAUGCAACAACAGCAACAACAGCAACAGCAGCAGCAACAACAACAGCAACAGUACCAAUUCCUGCUCAUGUUGUCUAAAGCACAACUGCCCCAAUAUCCUACGCAACCAUUAAAUAGACCACUCACUAGAGUUCCGCUUCGUAUACCACUGCAGCCUGUUUGGAGAAACUCUCAACUUCAACAGCAACAGCAACAACAACAACAACAACAACAACAACAACAACAACAACAACAACAACAGCAACAACAACAGCAACAACCACCACCUCAACAUCAACAAACACAACAAGUGCCCAUGUAUGAAGGCCAGCAGCAUGUUGUCAGUAGGCCUUAUGCUACAUCGAGCAUGACAUCGAAUCCCAACAGUAUCAUCAUGUCAAAUCAGCAAGUGCCAUCUAUGAACAGUAGCAAUGCACCAGCUGACUACUACACUAAUUAUAACCAGGUAGCAUCGACCGCUGUUUCUACAAUGAUGGAUGCCCCUGUGUAUCAGUCUACAGCCUAUCCCAAUAGCACUAGCAGCACCAAUAAUACAAACUAUAGACAAUCUGCUUCGAUUGUUGGCUACAAUACGCAACCAGCAUCAUCCUCAUCAUCAGUGUCAUCCAUCACGAAUAUCGUUGGAUCGAGGUUAUCUGGUAUCAAUCUGACAUCACAGGCACAAGAUUUCAGAACUACACCUUAUCAGUCUAAUAACAGUGGUAAUACACCCUAUUACAAAUUAACACCUACAUCAAAUACUGCAGCAGCCACAGCCAAUGCCUCAUCAGCAACGGCAGUAGCAGACUAUUACAGCAAUAGCAAUGCCUCAACUCAGCAGCAGCAGCAGCAGCAGCAGCCUCAAAUGAGACAACGCACAUCAUUCUAUGGCGAACUGCCUCAACAACAGCAACAACAGCCUCUAUCUGCAGAUUAUUCUUCGUAUGACAUGUCUGGAUCACAGCACACCAGUGGCUAUCCACGAGUGCAGGCAGCAGGUUAUCCACAGCAGCAACCUACUAUAAACACUACUCCUUCCUCUUCCUCCUCCGCUUAUAGACCGCCUAUUCAACUGCAAUUGCAACCGCAACAACAUCAUCACCACGCACAACAACAGCCACAGCAGCAACACAUGAAAUACAAUGGCCCUGUACCAGAGGAUCCACUCACAGCCGCAGAUUCAUAUAGGAGCCAUUUGAAUUAA